GUUACAUGGGAGAUUCCACGAGCUGGCUCCUCACCUAGUACCACUGGACUACACCAACCAGCCUGACAUUAGACUCCCCCUGGCGCUCAUCGUCAGCAUGCCAGAACUAAAGGAGAACCCGUUCAGAAACCGCAUGGUGGAAGUCUUCUCUGAGGACGGACAAGGCAACUUGAGCUUCAAUGACUUUGUAGACAUGUUCUCUGCUCUCUGCGAAACGGCCCCACGAGAACUGAAGACCAUAUAUGCUUUUAAAAUCUAUGAUUUUAACGUGGAUAACUUCCUGUGUAAGGAGGAUCUGGAGAAGACGUUGAACCGGCUGACUAAAGGAGAGCUGACCCCUGAAGAGGUCAAUCUGGUCUGUAGCAAGGCCAUGGAGGAGGCUGACCUCGACGGGGACAGCAAGCUCUCCUUCUCGGACUUCGAGAACAUGAUCUCUAAAGCUCCAGACUUUCUAAGCACGUUCCACCUACGGAUCUGAGAUGAGGUGAUUCAGCCGUUCCCAUGAUGAGGCUUUAGACAACGACGGAAGAGGGGGGGGGGGGGGAAGAUGAAGAAGAAGAAUGUGGUCGCUUUCUGGUUCGUCUGAUGACGUCAUCCCCGAAGACUCCACCCAGAGUCUCUGUGGCCCCGACCCACAGCAGAAUGACCCCUGACCUCAACCUCAGUACAGCAUAGUGCCUACCAAAAAAAAAAACAUUAGUAGAGAAGUCUUGUCUUUCCCCAAGUCUAUCUUCGAUCGAUGCGAUGUUUGUACAAAAUAUAACAUUGAGAGAGAUAAAAAAAGGAAGUGGAACAAAAGUUUGGCUUCGGCUGCAGGAAAAUGGACCCGGGGGGAUUUUAUUCUCGGAAGCACAGGCCCUUUUUUUGCCAACUCAUGUUCUAUAGGAAGGACGUUAUCGACCACAAGACAUUUCCAUUUUUCGGAAGAGAAGAUCAUUAAUGCAUGAUUGUUUUCUCUUAUAAUCAAUUGUAAAACUUGUUUAAAAGAUGGAACCACAAACAGACUCCAAAUGGAGAUAGAAAAUGACCCGAUGAACAACGAGGGGCUAAUUUUGAUACCUGUAGGGCUUAGCUACAACACAACCUAGAAGCAGUUUUCUAGAAGAUGUAGGGUUUUAUUUUCAGAAUUGUUAGGUUUCUUCUUUCUUUAAAACUGACCUUUUAAAGUCUAUACAUUGUAUGAACACUGACUGACAACAAUGCGGAAGUGGAUUGAACAACAAGAUAUUUUCUGUCUGACGGGGUGUAUGGAAGAAGAAAAACAGUACGAUAUAUAGUAUAUGAAUUAUUACAAGCACAGUUUUAGCACCGAGGGCAGAACAGUUGAAGAGCUAUGCAAUAUAUCUUUAUGAAAUGCAUGAGUGUUACAUAAAAUUGCAAAUAGCUUUUAAUUUUUUUGCUCCAGUCCAAGUAUAGUGGUUUUGUACUGCUGGAUCACAAUGACAAUCAGAACCGGUGACGUAGUGGUAACAUUAACAAAUAGAUGGGUAAACGCUGAAUCGCCGUUUCGCGCGGCGAGUAAAAGUAACGCUCCUCCUCUAUGCUUUCAACUCUCUUUAUAUUUUCCUGCAUUAAAAAGGUGGGAGAAAACUCACGCGCACAAAACAAAACAACAAUAUAUAUAUAUAUAUAAAAAGGCGCGUUGUUUUUUGUUUUUUUUAUGUGCGCUUCCCGCUCCUCUAAACCACGGACCAUAAUGUUACCUAACUGUUCUGCAGUUAAAGGAAGGGCUCUGUUCUCUGUCUCAUCACCCCUUCCGUUAUGUUAUGCUUUGUGAACUUGUCCUGCCUGUCAACUUGAUAUAAUGGCAUUAACAGCACUUAAGAAAUAACGUUUUCAGUCUUUCAUAUGAUAAGAGCAUUUGGAUAGACUUUGAUUAAAUACAUUUUCUGUUGCUUCGA